AAUCCUUCCGUAUCCGAAGCGCACGCCUGUACGUACGCGAACCAGAAUGUCGCAGAACAGUCGGAUUCCGGCCUGUCGAACCUCGACAGCGGCGCCGCCGCGCGUGAUGUAAGUGAACGAUUUCCGCCGUUGGGGAACAAUUCCGCAGCUUAUUGUUUUAUGCCGCAAUGUGAUCCGUGCCUUGCCUUGCUUCAGACGCAACAAAUUCCGCUUGCUCCUACCCACACUUCUUGCGCGAAUUCUGUCCGAUCUCAGUUAGAUAACUCUAGUCAUACAAAUAGUAGUCAGAAUUUAAGUAAACCGGUCGCCGCGCAGAACCAAAUGUUCGUGUGCCCGAGCAGCAGCGGAGCGCCGGACGCCCACAGGAAGAUCUCGGUCGUGUCCAACCAGUCGACGAUGUCCACUGACUCGGACUACGUAUCCGACACGAACAAUUUGUACUUCGAUCCGCGUUCGCGAAAAUUAUCGGACGUGCCCAGCUCGUACGAGCUGGCCAGCGGCGAAAUAUUCCACUAUUCGAAACCGGCGUCCUUUAAUCUGAACUUGAAUUUGGCCGCCGCCAAUUCGUUCAAGUCGACCAUGAAAGACCAGUGCUGCCAGACACCCGAAUUUCCGCUGGCGAACGUCGACCCGCGGCACGAAGUGAAAAUAUCCGAUAUCCAGAAUAUGCGAUUCACGACGCCGGAUCCGGACGGUGGCGACGACCUGAGGCGUAAGAUAUCGAAUAUAUCGACGAUAUCGACGCUGUCCUCGAUGUCGGCCGAAUCGGCCAGCACUUUUGACACGGUCACUCACGGAGUCGACGUUGUCGGUGGCCACGAAGAUCCUUUGGCUGUAAGAGUAGACGAUGGUGGUAGGAGUGGCGACCAGCUGCAAAACGUUGCUCAAGUAAGUCACGUUCCGCGUUCUGACUACCGUUUCAUAACCGUGUGA